GUGUCCCUCUCGCCCUAUUACCUCUCUCGCUCCACCCUCUUCCUCCCUCCUCCCCCUCUAUCCUGCCCAAGGCACCGCAUCGUCCUCCGAGAGGACGUGACACAGCCACUAAACCUCCUUAGAACGUCUGGGCGCGGCUCGCCGUUAAGAUGACGAAGAGGACCAAAAAGGCCGGGAUCGUCGGCAAGUACGGUACCCGAUAUGGUGCCAGUCUGCGAAAGCAGGUGAAGAAGAUGGAAGUCAGCCAACACGCUAAAUACUUCUGCGAAUUCUGCGGCAAGUUCUCUGUGAAGCGUCAAGUGGUUGGCAUCUGGCACUGCAAGCACUGCAACAAGACCAAGGCCGGGGGCGCUUACGUGCUCAACACGGCGGCUGCAGUGACAGUGCGCAGUACCAUUCGUCGGCUGCGCGAGCAGGUGGAGAUCUAAACAUCCAUCGCACCACGCCACCCACUCUUCUGCCGCCAUAUCCUUGCCACCCUUCAGCCAGCUUUGUUUCAAGUGCUUUUGGUAGCAUGCCGACUGCUGGUGUUUGGAAGAUGGGCCAGCAACUACGUCAAGCUGCUGUGCUAUGGAAGAAACAAGCUGGCUGCUGUAUGCUCUGCUAUGUAAUGAUGGCACAUGGCUUGUGAACCCAUUUUGAAAUAUCCACGUAAUUGUAGGUUUAGUUGGAAACUAACCUAGUUCAGUAAUAC